UUUUACGAGUCUCCUUUCAAACUUGGUUCAUAAGUGCCUACCCUCGCUGACGGGAAUUGCUACUUGUCGUUUGCCUUGUUGAUGAAGAAUGGAUUCUCUUCUGUUUAUCGCGAUUUUUCUUCUUAUAUUUUCAAACUUUUCCAUAUUGAAUGCAUUGCCUCCAAAUAUUGUAUUUAUAUUGGCGGAUGACUACGGAUAUCAUGACGUAGGCUAUCACAACAACAACGUAAUAAAAACGCCAAAUUUGGACGCGCUCGCAAGUGCUGGCGUCAAGCUUGAAAAUUAUUAUGUUCAACCGAUAUGCACGCCAACAAGAAGCCAACUUCUGAGUGGUAAAUAUCAGAUUCACACCGGUCUCCAACACGGCAUCAUCUGGCCUGAUCAACCUAACUGCCUUCCUCUCGAUGACCCAACCGUGGCCGACAAACUCACCGAGGCAGGCUACGAAUCUCACAUCACUGGGAAAUGGCAUCUUGGUUUCUAUAAGAAAGCUUGCUGGCCGACAAACAGAGGUUUCAAAUCCUUCUUAGGUUACCUGACGGGAUCAGAGGAUUACUAUAAUCACACCCGUGGAUAUCCGUUCUCGGGUCAGCAUUGGUUUGGUCUUGACUUUAGAGAUAAUCUUGAUCCUGCUUCCAACUAUACCGCUACCUAUUCAACUCAUGUCUUCGCUCAGCGAGCCCAGCAGAUCAUACAGCAGCAUGAUAAACAGAAGCCUCUGUUCCUAUACAUACCCUUCCAAGCGGUUCAUGGUCCUCUUCAAGUCCCGGACAGCUACGUGGAGCCAUACAAAUUCAUCAAAAAUGGAAAUCGUCGGAAUUAUGCUGGAAUGACGACGUGCAUGGAUGAAGCGGUAGGAAAUAUCACCGCCACUUUGAAGACAGAAGGCCUGUGGAAUAACACGAUCCUCAUUUUUUCCACUGAUAACGGUGGUCAGGUUUAUGCCGGUGGUAACAACUGGCCCCUGCGUGGAUGGAAGGCAUCACUGUGGGAAGGAGGUAUGCAUGGUGUAGGCUUUGUAUCCAGUCCUUUGUUGCCUGAAGAAGUUAAAGGCACUGUCAAUAGGGAGCUCAUUCAUGUGAGUGACUGGUACCCAACUCUAGUCGAAGGAAUUGCUGGCUGGAACCUUGAAGGAACUAAGCUGGACGGAUUCAAUGUGUGGAAAACCAUCAGUGAGUUAGACAGCCCUUCACCAAGAGUUGAGCUCCUCCACAACAUUGACCCUAUGGGACCAGGCGAUAUCCCUCCCAUUAUGGAUAAUCCUUAUCCUCCCAUGCUGGAUAAUCCUAACCCCAAACCUAUCCCUGACUGUAACUUCACAUUCCCAACGCAGUUCAAUGUUUCCAUACGGGCAGCCAUACGAUAUAAGGAUUGGAAACUUAUCACCGGCAAUCCUGGACCUGGUAACUGGAUACCCCCUCCCGAGUCAGGAUUAUCCCCCGUUGUACCGAUUGUACCCGAAGGCAAGUGCGUUUGGCUCUUUAACAUCAAAGAUGACCCUAACGAGGUGCAAGACCGCUCCGACGAGGAAGGCGUUGUCCUCCAAUUCCUUCUGAACCGACUGUACGAACUACAGCAAGGUGCGCUUCCGGUGAACUACCCCAAGCCAGAUGCCCGCUCCAACCCGGCUCUUCACAACAACACGUGGGACAGUUGGGAGUAGCGGGUCAAGUCGACUUUCAGUUGACUCAAUAAGCGCGAGUGAGUCAUCAAGGGAUAAAUUCCUCUAGAGUACUAUGUCAAGGUUAGAGCAGCGUCUUUUGUGUGGGAAUCCCGCAGGUGGUCUUUCUUUACCAACUAUCACACUUUAUCAUUGACAAAACAAUGGGAAAAUGCAGGAAGGGCGCUUUGAAAAGAAACACAGUCCCUUCAUAACAGAAUUCCUUCUCAAAGGCUUGGCACAGACUUAUCACAAUGUACAUUAACAAUCUCCAAUUUCUAUCAUUGUGCUAUGACCUUCCCCAUGUACCUCUUAUAUUUUUCUCUGAUGAACAGUAUAAAAACUAGUGGUAGUUAUGGACUAUUGGGGCUUUGAAGGGGAGGGGGUGGUUCCAAAAUUCAGAUUAUUUAUCGUCCUUUGCUUGGUUGGAACUAUAAGUACAUUUCAAACUUUUUAGAAAGGUUUGAUAUUGUGUGCCUUGCCAUGUUUCUCUUUAAGAGCAUUAUUAUGCAUUUUAGGCUGAAAAUAAAGCACAAAAGAUGUACAUUUAUAUGUUUGAAGUUUGAAGUAGAAUCAAUCAUGAUAUAAAUAUAUAUUUUCUAGAACAUUGUAUUUAUGAAUAAGAAAGAUUUUGAGAAAAUUGGAUUAUGAAUGUGCAAUUCUUGGAUAUGCCAGUUAUUGGCAUAUCCCAUACUGCAUGUUUGCUAUGUUUAGUUCAUGUAAGGUGUAAAUUGAUUUAAUGGUUAUGAACAACUUUACAAGCAAAAAUUAGAAAGAAACGUGGGUUUUUUCAGUCAUAUUUUAAUGACAUACAUGUACAUGUAGUCAUGCUGCAACUGUCCCCACUGGCGUACAGAUUGGGGAGGGGGGCUUGGGGGUCUCUUGCCCCCUCAAAUUUUUCACGACCAAGGAAAAAAAAAGAGAAAUAGAAAGAAAUGGAAAGGGAUAAGGGUGAAAUAUGAUAUUAUUUUCUGCAUAUUAUGUCAAAUUCUAUCACAAACUUGGAUUUUGUAAUAAAUGUGUCAAAAUUUUUGCUCGCUCACUCUGUUCGCUGACAACCUUUUUAUUAAUUUUACGAGAUACACCACUUUGAGCCCCCUAAAAAUCUUUGACUCACUAUUCCACUGAAUGCCCCUAUGGGCUAUUCCACGGUUACCCACGUUACAUUUGGAGACACCUUGACUCAUACUUGGAGCUGUAACUCCAUUAUUAUUGAUAGGAACUAAACAUCUCUUUAUCACAACAUAGUACGCAGUCUGACUAUCCUUUGUAUAUAACAAAACUUGGGAAAUUUCAUUAUGCUCCUGGCAAAUCUUUGAAAUGUGUCGGUUACUCAUCUUACAUGAUUUGGACAUGCAUAAAAUGAAAAGUGGACAUAAGUGAAAAGUGUCCUCAUAUAAGGCUUUUAUGAAAGUUGAUUAUAUCCAUUUCAAAGAAGUAUAUUAGGGAGACAAAUUUGUAUAUAAAUAAAGAACACAUGGUUUUUACUAGGGGUGCGGAUAAAGUGGUUACUCACGUUACGGAUCAGAUGGGCUAUAUGUACAAAGACACAUUGAGCUCAUGUCCACCAACCUAUGGAAUUGCCCCUAUGAUUUUUCUACAAGAGUAGAGGAGUUAUAAGGAGAAAGAAGAGAGAAGUGUAAUGGCAUGUGAGGAUUAGGGUUGUACAUCAGAAUUUGCCAAUUUAUUUUUUAAAACGUGUCAUGAACACAAAACAAUUUUGAAUUUCAUGAAAGAGUAUCGUCUCCAAAAUGAUUUGAUACCAAUUUUAUUUGGUGUAUGUUUAUGUGUGCAUAAUCAGGUGGUAUCGUUUGUCAUGUAAAAUUUGAUUUUUGCCAAAAUAAUACAUGACUGUGGUCAUUGAUAAAGUCAUGAUCCUUCAUGAGUUAGUACACGUAAAUCACAUUGCAAAAUGCCUUCAUAUUUGAAUGUACCUGAAUAUGACAAUAUAUUGUUUUUAUCAAACAAUUGUAAUGUUAUUUUUAAGGGUGCAUGUAUCUUACUACUAAUUUUACGGUAACUCCUGUCAGGGUUGGGCUCAAUUACUUUCUUCAAUUAAAAUUACAAUAACAUAAUUGAAGAAAUUUUCAAUUACAGUUACUUUUCAAUUAAAUUAAAUUUUUUCAAUUACAAUUACUAAUUACUUUUGUCAAUUACAAUUACUUUCUAGAAAAGUCAUAGAUGAAAUCAAUUUGUAUUCCGUACACAGUACCGGCCACCUAUUUCAACAUAAUUCUAAGUUCCACAGAUACUGAGAAGAAGAAGGUUUAGGUUAAAAAGCAUGGAUUCUGCCUGUUACUCUCUUUGAUGCUGAAGCAUUUGAAAUGAAAAAGGUUCAAUGAAUUAAAUCAUACAUUCAGUAAGUUUAUUGUAAUGUAAUUGAAUUUAAUAAAAAAAAGUAAAAUUGAGAGUAAUUGAAGUCACUUAUUUUUUUUUCAAUUACAAUUCCUUUCCCUUUCAAAACUUCAAUUACAAUUACAAUUAUAUUUACUCAAAACAAUGUUAUUUAAAUACUUAAUUGAUCAAUUACCUUGUAAUUGAGCCCAAGCCUGACAAUUAAAUACAAAUUAAUAUAAAACAUACAGAAAGAGUAAACAACAAAUAACAACAUUGAGAUACAAAGCAAAACCCAAUAAUAUAGAGGAAAUAAACAAACAAGAAAUAAUAAUUAUUAAUUCAUAGUGACCUACAGUGUGCUAUUGGCAAGAUUGUCAUACUAAGAGAAAAUUUCGCCUUUAAAAAUUGUUUAAAUUUAUUUAGAGUUUUACUUUGUUUAAUAUCAUUAUUCAAAUCAUUCAAUAGGUUGAUUCCUCUACAGUGUAAAGAAUUUGGGUAAUUUUGGUGUUUAGAAGAUAUUGGUGAAGAUCUGACGCGUGAAGUAUGAAUGGUAAGAGGCAUUAGUGUUGAAAAGAUUAUUAAAAAUAUUUGUCAAAAGAUUUGAAUGGUAAUUGUACAUAAAUAUAUAAGUAUACAUAAGAACCGAACCACAGAUUUUCAAAUUUUACGAUCGAGAAAUAACUUGCUUGCGUGACUCAUAAAAUGUGCAUUGCAAAUUGUUCUUAUUAGCCGUUAUUUAAUCAGAAAUAUUCAUGUCUUUCAAUUGUAUUAAAUGAAGAUUUCAUUAAUGAAUCUCAUUAUUAAAAAACCCAGAUCUGAAAUCAUACUUGUAUCUCUUUUUUACUGUUAGUGGAUGUCCAAAGUAGGUAACAUUAGCAACUACAAAUAAAUUGAUAAUGUAUUUUGUUUGUUUAAGGCAAGUGAUCGAUUUUGCCUAGUGUUUAAUUAUGUAGUAGUGGUUAUGUGUUUAUACAAUUGUGACUUGUACUUUAUUCUAUUAUUUUUGUAUCAUUAUCAGAAAAAUAAAAUAUUCCACAAUUCUA